UGCUGUGGCUGCGCAGUGGAAAUCCGCACCGGGGAGCUGCUGAGGGGCGCCGUUGUCAUGUGAAAGCGCACAUGCUCUGCCAUCCACACGGCACCCCCCUCUCUUCUGCCUCCGCGUGUUUUUGCUGUUUUUUUCUAACGUAACUCCUUUCCUCCUCCUCCCGUGCCCAGCCCCUCGCCGCCGCUCGGCCGCCCAGGCCCCCCCCGCAGAGGCUCCGCCGCGGGCAGUCGCGGGGCGGCCGCCCCGGAGCAGCGCGCCGGCGGCGGGGAGCCCGCGGAGCCGCGCCCCGCGGAGCCGCCCCGGAGGUAUGGUUUUCCCGGCGGAGCAGAACUGCGGCCGCUGCCACCUUCGCGGGUGUUGAGACGGGAUUUGUGCGGUGCGGUUCCUGGGCUCCUAGCUUCAUGACUGCGCGGAGCGGGGAACCAACACCAUGCGAGCACAAAUUGAAGUGAUACCAUGCAAAAUUUGUGGUGAUAAAUCUUCUGGAAUACACUAUGGAGUCAUCACAUGUGAAGGCUGCAAGGGAUUCUUUCGGAGGAGUCAGCAGAACAAUGCAUCCUAUUCCUGUCCAAGACAGAGAAACUGUUUAAUUGACAGAACCAACAGAAAUCGUUGCCAACACUGCCGACUGCAGAAAUGUCUUGCCCUGGGAAUGUCUCGAGAUGCUGUGAAAUUUGGAAGAAUGUCCAAAAAGCAGAGGGAUAGUUUGUAUGCUGAAGUGCAGAAGCACCAGCAGCGACUGCAGGAGCAGCGGCAGCAGCAGAGUGGUGAGGCAGAAGCUCUCGCCAGGGUUUACAGCAGCAGCAUCAGCAAUGGCUUGAACAAUCUGAAUAACGAAACUGGCAGCACCUACUCCAACGGGCACGUCAUCGACUUGCCAAAGUCUGAGGGCUAUUACAACGUGGAUUCUGCCCAGCCCUCCCCAGACCAGUCUGGGUUAGACAUGACUGGAAUCAAACAGAUAAAGCAGGAACCUAUCUAUGACCUCACCUCUGUACCAAACUUGUUUACCUAUAGCUCUUUCAACAGUGGGCAAUUAGCUCCAGGGAUAUCCAUGAGCGAAAUCGAUCGAAUUGCACAGAAUAUCAUUAAGUCUCAUUUGGAGACAUGUCAAUAUACAAUGGAGGAAUUACAUCAGCUAGCAUGGCAGACCCACACAUAUGAAGAAAUAAAAGUUUACCAGAGCAAGACAAGAGAAGCUCUGUGGCAGCAGUGUGCCAUUCAGAUCACCCAUGCUAUCCAGUAUGUGGUGGAGUUUGCAAAGCGCAUAACAGGCUUCAUGGAGCUCUGCCAGAAUGACCAAAUUCUCCUUCUUAAGUCAGGCUGCUUGGAAGUGGUUUUGGUGAGAAUGUGCCGUGCCUUCAACCCACUUAACAAUACCGUUCUGUUUGAAGGAAAGUAUGGAGGGAUGCAAAUGUUUAAAGCUUUGGGUUCUGAUGAUCUGGUAAAUGAAGCAUUUGACUUUGCAAAGAAUUUAUGUUCCUUACAGCUGACUGAGGAGGAGAUUGCCUUGUUUUCGUCUGCUGUUCUGAUAUCACCAGAUCGAGCUUGGUUAAUAGAGCCAAGGAAGGUCCAGAAGCUUCAGGAAAAGAUUUACUUUGCACUUCAACAUGUUAUUCAGAAGAACCACCUCGAUGAGGAGACAUUGACAAAGUUAAUAGCCAAGAUACCAACGAUUACUGCACUUUGCAACUUGCACGGAGAGAAACUGCAGGUAUUUAAGCAAUCUCAUCCAGACAUAGUGAACACACUGUUUCCUCCAUUAUACAAGGAGCUUUUCAAUCCAGACUCAACCACUGGCUGCAAGUGAAGGGGAUAAUAGAAUUUUCACGUAGUCAUGGAAUGCAUCACUAGUAAGACAAAGAGAAAUGUUUUCAUGAAGAAAUUAUUAAAAAUGUCACUACUGCAACACUAGGAAUGUCCUGCACUUAAUAGAAUUAUUUUUCACCGCUACAGUUUGAAGAAUGUAAAUAUGCAACUCUGAGUGGGGAUGUCUUUUUUCUCUUUUGUUUACUUUUCUUUUUUUUUUUAAUUUUUGAACUGACAAUGAAUAUACAAAUAUAGGACACUGGAUGUUACCUUUUUUUUUAAUUUACUUUUAUUGAGGGAUGUUUUGGGAGACAACUGUUCCUAGAAUUUUAUUGUAGAUAUACAUGAUAAUAGAGCAGUACUUUGCAGUAUUACUCUUGCUGUUUAUUGUUAAAAUAUAAUUUAAGAAAAUUCCACUUAUUAGACUGCCUAGUUCUAUGUUUUUAGAUAGUUUAAUGCAUGUGGUAAUUUGUAGCUGUCUUGGAAAUUAUGGUGCAUAUAUGGAAGACACACACACUCACAUAUAUAUACAUAUAUACGUGUAUGUAUGUAUGUAUGUAUAUACAUAUGUAUGCAUUUUCUGCAUACAUGCUGUAACUUAAAAUCACAUGCCUACAUUUAAAGGAUGCUCAACCCAGCUGUCAUGUAUUUCAUACUCUCCAAGUAACAUAUUAGAUUUACUUUGGGCAAUCAAGAUUCUCUUUGCCAGAGUUAAAUUGUCAGCUGCCAAUGUGUAAUGACAGGAUCACUUCUGAGAUGUGUGUAAUGUAGUGCAUGUGUGCUGUGUGUAAAUCAAACAGCAGGAAUGUAUCAAUGGUGCAAAAGCCUUGUCUGGAUGGUUUUAGUGAAAAGAGGAAUAGGAUUGGUUUUUUUUUAAUUUUCUCACUGUUACAGGGAUGGAACAUAUAUAAAAGUGAACAUAGUAGGACCUGAUCUCAGUAAAGUAUCUGAAACAUGGAGUAAAAAUGUAGACAAUCCCGUAUGUACAUUUUUGUGAUUUCACACAUGAUUUUGUUUUAUAUAUACUGCUUUGAAAAGUGGCUUCAAGUCUUGGUUUGUUUUUUGCUGAACUCAUUAGAAAGAUAGGUAGUAAUCUCAGUGAAAACCAUGGCAAGCCUAAAAUGUAUCUCUGAAGAGGAAGGAAAGGAGGGAAGGAGGAAGUAAGUCAAAAGUGAGUGAAAUCCAUGGUUACGACAAACAACAGUGUAAUUGUCACUGUUUCUGAUAGUCAUCAUGGGACUGAUGGUUUCCAUUACACUCAUACAUCUGUGUAUGUUUUAAACACAUGCAUAUAUGUAUGUAUAAAUCUGUAUGUAUAUAAGUGUAUAUAUAUAUGUGCAUAUAUAGGAUUUAUUUUAGAUGCAUUUCAGGAGUGGAGCAAAGGAUUGGAACUUUCUUUUUCUGUCUUUCUCUGAAUUGACUGUACAUGCAUUUGCUUGCAAAACCAAAGGCAAACACAGAGAGGAGUGGAAGGCUGCCAUGGAAUUAAUCUUGUGCAUUAAUUAAUUAAGUUUAAUCAGCAGUCAUUAUUAAUGUAUCUGCAUUCUACCAGUAGUACAAAACACAGAUGUUUUAGCUUUGAAAGAGGGAUUCAGCUUCUGCAGCAUCUCUCUUUACCACCCUUUUACCCAUUGUGAACUUUUUCAGAGCAGUCUCCUCUUGGGAUGCCAGCGAAGGGCAUAGAGCAGAAAUAAGAAGAAGCAGGCAGUAGAGAAGAAAAGAAGUGAAGGCAGGAUCACAAGCAGAUAUAUUUCUUUAUUUCAAACCACGCAGAAGCUAGUGUAAUCUGAGGCAAGGCAAGGGGAAGCAUAAAGGACCUGCCCGUUUGCCAGGCUCAUGGAGGGGCAGUGUCACAGGGAGCCCACAAGGGACACAGGUGGGCCCAGGGGUGGGUGAAGGAAAUCAGUCUGUUGUAGUGAUAACUUAAUGCCUUGUGUGACUCUGGUGUCAGGCUUCUGGUUUUUUGCAUGAGCAGAUAAUUCACAGGCUAUUUCAAGUACUUUGAGGAGCUCUCCCUUGCCUUCUAUCAGUCAGUUUGCAAGUUUGUAUAUGUAUUUUUGGCAGAAUCAAGUCUAGAGAAUAUCACUAUUUGUUUGUUCUGCUUUGGCAAUGCCAGAACAGGUACAAGAGUAGUUACAAACUCUCAGCUAAUAAAUGUUUCUGUGCAGGUCCAUUAUAACUUAGAAAAAAAAAAUCCGUCGAGCACAUUUACUUGUAUUUUGUGGCAAAUGUGACGUACUCUUCAAAAUUGCUUAAUGGUAUAGAACAGCAGUUACUAAAGUUGCCUUUUUACUCCAAAUUCAGAGCACAUUUCUCUAGUAACUGACUUAAAAUAUCUUCAAUUAACAUAAUAAAACAUUUCUGUGGUGCUUCUUUAUACCAUUCUAACUGGAAGACUGACAUUCCUUUAUAUGGUGACUUACCUGUUUGCAGCCCAUUUUGUAUGGGAAAUCCAAGAAAGGGAUCCCACAUUUCAAGUAGGUGUCUAUCAAAAUUUAAUGUCUAUGUAACGUUUCUGUAGAUUUAUCAGGGGAAAAAUUGAGUCAUAUUGAACUCUAGAAGUGCUCAGUUUUAAUUGCAGGGGAUUCAUGUUUUUCUUGAUUUCCCAACACAAGAACACACACAUAUUGUUUGAAGUAUUUUAUAAAUUCAUUUACAGUAUAUCAAAAGUAUAUCUUUAGCAAACCCAUAGAAAUAUAGAAUAAGUGAUAAAUACUACUGUUUGGAGUGCUGCUUAAUAAAGAGGUUUGUCAUGUUUAUAAAUAGUCCUUCACAAUUUGUGUUACAUCUUGAAAAUGUUGUUUUCUUCUCCAAUAAGCUAAUCACUCCUUGGGAUUUUUUAAUUAUUUCUCAGGCAAGAUAACUAAAUGGAAGUCACCAGUGAAAAUAACACUAAUCAUUAUCUACAGGGCCUUUAAUCUUUAAAGCACUAUUCUUAUAUCACUGCAAUGUCAUGAUCUUUUCAAUCAGUAGUGAUUAUGAUCACAUUUUAAAGAUAUGGAAAUGAAAGAAAAAAGGUUAAGUAACUUGUGAGAGACCACAAACGUAGAAAUAUCCAGUUUAGAAAUAAAAGUGGAUUCUUGGCUUUUGUCCUAAAAUUUCUAAUACUCUGCCAUACAAGAUCUUCAUUGUUGUUGAUAGGCAAUAACCUCUACCGAGAUUUUUAUGUAUUGCCAAAUAAAUUUUUGUUACUAUUAGUACAGGAUUUGAGCAAAUAGUGUUGUGGUUUACUUGGAAAAUGAAAACUCAUUUUCAAACACUAUUCAUUUAUGGAACUGUGCAAUUGGAUUUUAUUUAAUUUUCUGUCACUUGGGCUUGGCCACAUAGGUAUAGUACCUGUUUUGUCCUUCAUUGACUGAAUGUAGAAAAACACAUGAUGAUCACAUGCCACAGGCUGGAGUUUUGUGAUUGGUUUUGCUGACACAGUCACUUACUCUCAAAAUUUCAAUUUCUUGAUAUUGGACUUCACAUAUUCAAGUUGUCCGUGGAGUUUUAUGGAUAAAAUAACAUGAAUUUUAGUAAAUAACUCAAUAAUUCACAAUAUUAGUUCUUCAUUUUAGUUUUUUUGGCCUUCAGUAGUCCACGGUAAAACCUGAAACUUUUCAAAUAAGUGUCUAAAAUUUGUCACAUUUUUUUCUGUAGUAACUGGAUAUAUUUGUUGAUUUUUUUAGUGACAAACUUUUCAAACGAGACAUAUUUUUUAAUGAUUGAUUAACCUGGGACCUGUAAGAAAAGCAUAUAUAAAGCAUGUAUUUAAAGUAUGUAUUGAAUCUACUAUUUCUAGCAUUGCUUUCGAUUAAUUCAAUCAUAUUAUGCUAAAUUACCCUUGGCAUUGAGGAAGCAGAUGUACAGUGUCCAUUAUACCACCACAAAGACUUAAUUUUGCUGUAAAUAUCUCUCUUGCCUGCUCUUUUUAUAAAAAAUUAAUUCUAAGAUUCAUAUUUCCUUCUAAUGGAAAUUUUUAGAAAAGAAACAUGGUAGUAGAAGGCACCUCAGUUGAGAAAACCUGUUUCUGAAAGCAACAUACGGUUUUUGAUGGGCUUGUGAAUGAACAACUUUAAUGAACUGAUUCUGCAAGUUGUCAGACACUUAGCUCUAAAUAAAGUCAAUAAAAAUUGAGGCAUUUCAGCAAAGAAGGUGCUCAACUGAUAGCAAGACUGGGAGCCCUUGGCAUUAAGAGGUCCCUCUUGAGCUCCGUUGAGCAGAAGGCAGAUAUUGCUCUCCUAAAUGCGUCGACUUCAUGCUCUGUGUUGUUCAUUUCAGCCCAGUUUCACAGGGGUCACUUUAUUCUCCUGUUGCACCUUGGGCACCUGUGCUGUUUCAGUACCUGUUCCAGGUUAUGGUGCUGAGGUGGAGCAGCUACCAGAGCUGCUCAUGAAGAUGAGCUUUGUUAUGUCAUUUUCUUUGUUCGGUUUCACUGUGCCAGAUUGCGUAGAGGUAUGUUUCUCUUUGGGACAGUUUGCAGGAUUUCUGAUGUAACAACUUCUACACAAAAAGGAUGCAAAGCUGCUCCUGUGUGCUAGCCUCUUGGCCUCCCUCUACCAGGCUGUACAAGCUUCUCUAAGAUUGCAGCAGUCUCACAAACUGGUCUGGCAGCUUAGCUAGAGAUGUGCAGCUGAUGGCUCCUUUCCCUGUUGACUUUUUGACCCCUCUGAAGCUGUGUUUCAAACAUCAUUUGGAAGAUGUUCAGGCUCCCCCAGUCCUCCUCUUUGCUCCUGACUCUGCAUUGGUUGUGCUGUUUCUAGAAGAGCUAAGGUCCAGCCUGGAAGGUGGUUCCUAUUUUCAUCAUUGUCUUUUGGACAUCCCAGGAAUAUAGCACAUAAGAUCAAGCUGAAACACAAAAGAUUUUUUUUUUGUCCAAUUCAUUAUAUCUAAGGAUGCGUGAAAUGGAACUCUGAGACAGACAGCUUGCUUUUCCCUGGCCAUAAAAUAGUAGUCUAUUUACGCCUACCAGCCCGUCCCAGCAACUUCUGCCUACACUCUAGAAACUAAAUCCUAUCUCUGACAUCCAUUAGAAACAGUGUGCUGGAUGCCCCGUCCUCAUCUUUACUCUUUAAGUUUCACGCUUCAUAAAUGACAAUCACUGCUUGAUGCGAAUGUUGCACUCUAUGCCACUCAGGGAUGUUUCAUUACUGAAAAUAACUGUAAAUAACAGUGAUAAUACAGAAGAGAAUGUUAGAGGCUUUGAAGGGCAUGGGUUGAGCUGCCCAAGUGAACAUGACCCAGACAAGGCUUUCAAGCCAAUGAUUAGAGGUAACAUUGUUAUAAACUGAAUUCACUGUCAGCAUUUCCUCAGCUUGAUCUGUCAGACUUUGCCUGUUGUUUCACAGUCAGCAGAGUCCUACUGACCCAUCAGCUCAUGUUGUUAAGGUCCUUUUAAGAACAAAGUAUAAGCAAGCUUUGUAUGAAUUACUGACAAAUGACAAAUUUCAAAGUACUCAGAUUAUGUAUCAUUAAUGUGAGCUCAUAUUCAGACUUGCUGCAGGCAUGUAAGAAGAAAGUUUAAGACAUGGAAUAAGUAUGUCAGCAAUGACAAGAGUACCGAGCUAGGACAUGGAGAAGUGACUGUGAAGAACACGCAGACAUGAGCGAGUGGCUAACAGCUACCAUUUUCUCUCAGGGAUGCACAAAAUCAUAGCUAGCCCACGACUCUGUAGCAAUGCUUCUCCAUGGUAUGAUUAGUUCCUUUCUCACAUCAAGAAAACAUUACCCCAUUUUAUACUGUGCUAGUGAAAAGUACUCCCACUUCCUAGAGUUUUGAAAUGUGCUUAUCCCUAGCUUUACACCACAGGUUUUCUGUCAUUACAAGAACACACACAGAAGGAUAAAUUGAGGUGGAUUACUUUGCCAGUCAUUAAUUCCAUGUCUUCAACCAAGAGGUUUUCCUCAGCUCUGAAUAUGAUCAUUGCUCCUGUUAUCACAGUGAGUAUGUGUGGUUUUUGACUCCUUCAAUCCUCUGAACUCCCUCCACCUAGAAGACUGAUGGACAGCUUCAGAAGGUGAAGAGGCCAGUGUCACUGCAUCAGGAUAUUCACUAUCAUAUUCUUUGCCAAGCAUCCCAUUGCAAUUUUUAUUUUGAUCCUUCAGGUUGCUAGGAGCCAUGUCCAAGUGACUGAAGUUCUUGUUAGCAUGAUAGCUUCCCAUUAAAAGGUUCAGUCUUAUGCUCAGAGGACCUAUCCUCUCUUUCCUCUUCCUUUUACUCCUAGCUCCUAGUGAAUGAGGCUUGGAGUAGUAAGUCACUCGUCUUCAUUCUGUCUCAAAGUUGAUCAGUACUUGCAACCUGCAAGGGAAACUCCACCCAGAUGGUAGAAAGGAAGCUCCUUCCUCCUCUUCCUUCAUGCUCCCACUUAUCUGUGUUGUGCCUGUAUGCAUCGUCCUUGCAUGAAUUGUCCCUGCAUGACUGUGUGACAAUGAGCCCAACACUCCAGUAAGUUAUCCCAGUUGUUUGCAGCUCCAAAAGCCACUUAUAUAUGCAGUCUGCAGACAAGAGUCAUUGUGAAAAGAAGAGGCCUAAAACUUCUGCAGUGGUAGCUCACAGGUAACUCUCCUAAAAAGGCAGGCUGAACAUGCAGGGGCAGCUGUGUCUGUGUCCUCCAAAUGACCCUUGCAUUGCAUUUCUGUUGAGAGGAUAAGGCAAUGAACAAAAUGCUCUGGGAAAGGAGAAGUAUUUCCUGGGUGUUACUGCAGGCAGUGAGUAUAAUACUGCUCACAGUGAGUUCAGUAACAUGAUGUACUACAUUCGCAUAAUUUCAUCAUCCUCACAAUUCAAGCACAUCACAUAGGGAAAGUGAAAGAAAACAGCAUUGGAUAUAGCAGCAAUAAGUAAAUUGUAAUUGUUUCUCUGUAGCUGUACUUGCAGAAAUUGUUUGCUUUGCACGUGGUCUUCUGUACAAUAACAUAAAGAGAAAAAUCAACUAAUGUAGAUAUCAUGGUGAUUUUGCAUAUUUUUUGAUUUGUUGGAUAUAGCUGCUAAUUUAUGAAUGAAGAUACUGCUGUUGAGAAAAUUUUUUGUGCUUCAAGAAAAUGCUGAGGUCCUUGUUUAUGACUAUACAUGGACAGCAGUAAAGUAUGUUCAAUAUAAGACUCUGGAGAGAAUUUAAAAAAUGGCUCCUUCUUAAGAACACACUGGGCCCUUAUUUGGGCAACAGGAAUGCAACUGAAUUGAAACACAAGCAGGAGCAGAUGGUUAACCACCAAGAACAGGAAAGAACAGGCUUUACCUUGACAACUGUUUUAGAUAAAACCAGCUUAUUUGGAAAAAAAAAAAAAAAAAAAAAAAAAAAAAAAAAGGCACUUAUAUUUGUCUUGAUUAGACACGCAGCUUAAUUAAGUCAAAGUAACUACAUUAGGCUGUUGACUUUGGGGAUUCAGAUUCAGAUGCACUACAUUUGUGGUUUUUUUAAUGUGUCACUUCAAUGUCAGAAUCAGGCAAAAAAGGUGUUUUGUUGUUAGUAAAAAAAAAAGCUAAUAAUCAUUUAACCCUACGGAGUGUGGACCACAUUCUCCUGCAGUAUAUGGGGAUUUAUGCGUGCACUUAUUUUUAAAAAGCCACUGAGUAGCAUAGACAGUGAACUAGCCAUGAUAGUCUUUGCCUCUUGUGUGACUGCCAUGUGACCUCUAGUACACUUUCGGGAGCAGCUCUGUGAUUGUACUUGUGGCAACAAAUAAAGCACAACUGAACUCUAAGCUGUUAUCAACGCUCAGCUAAAUCAAAUACAUUGGGUAUUUUGAGAUUUAUGCUAAUCGCUAUAAUUCCCAUGUCAAACUAAUUACUUCAGUUGUAAUGAAUGGAUGACAUAAAGAAUAUAGGAAUAUUAACAGCAACAAAAUCCCUUAUUUUACAGCUGCACUCUCUGCCUCAUUUGAUUAACACUAAAGAACUUACUUAAAAACUAAACAAACAAGAAGAAAGAAACAUGAGUAUGUAUUGUAGAAAUGUAGAAGACAAAUAAAAUAUUUUUUCAUAUGUAAUUACUUUUAAUAUAUGCUUGUGGAACGUCCAAUACUAUGUAUGCUGUCUCUGUAAUUUUUGCUGUAAAUAACUUGGGACAGUGAAUACACUGAUUUUUUCUAUGUCUUUGUUUAAACAUAAGACUUUGUAAUGUUGGCUUUUUUUUAAAGAGGAAAAACAUCAAAGAUCAAAUUAUGUACUUGCUUCCUGUAAGUGUAAUUACUCUUCAGUUUUUAUGGAAACUGAUUGUAAUAGAUAAAGCCUUUUGAUCAGCCGUUGA